CUGUCUCCAUCCGGUACAGCAGGGGGCGGCAGCAGAGCAGCAGCCGGCAGCAGCGUGCUGGAAGCGGCUGGCUCGCUGUACAAGGUGCGGCAGAGACCAACAGAAACAGAAAACGGGGCGUCCGAGGCUAGCACACGGCUAGUGCGACUGACGUUUAUUUUUAUUUAGUCCUUGUUUUUCUCGACAAAAGCCAACACUGGAUGUAGGUUUCUUUCUUCUUUUUUUAACUAUCAUGUCGACGUAGUUUGUUAGACUGAGCGUGAAGGAGCAGCUGAAGAGGAGCCGGGCACAGCAUCAAGAAUCAACCAGGCUAACAUUAGGCAGCUAAUGCCAGGACAGCUAGCGGGCUAGCUUUCAAGACCUACAUUUGACUGUAUCACUUUUAUUUACUCGCAUUAACGCUGAAAUGGCUGAUGUGGACAAACUCAACAUAGACAGCAUCAUCCAGCGUCUUUUAGAAGUCAGAGGAGCAAAGCCUGGCAAGAACGUGCAGCUGCAGGAGAAUGAGAUCCGCGGAUUGUGCCUCAAGUCCAGGGAGAUCUUUCUCAGUCAGCCCAUCCUGCUGGAGCUGGAGGCCCCCCUCAAGAUAUGUGGUGACAUCCACGGGCAAUACUAUGACCUACUGAGGCUGUUUGAAUACGGGGGCUUCCCUCCAGAGAGCAACUACCUGUUCCUGGGCGAUUACGUAGACAGGGGGAAGCAGUCUCUGGAAACCAUCUGUCUCCUGCUCGCAUACAAAAUCAAAUAUCCAGAGAACUUCUUCCUGCUGAGGGGAAACCACGAGUGUGCUUCAAUUAACAGAAUAUACGGUUUCUAUGAUGAGUGUAAAAGAAGGUACAACAUCAAACUCUGGAAGACCUUCACAGAUUGUUUUAACUGCCUACCUAUUGCCGCCAUCGUCGAUGAGAAGAUCUUUUGCUGCCACGGAGGACUGUCACCUGACCUUCAGUCCAUGGAGCAGAUCAGACGCAUCAUGCGCCCCACUGACGUGCCCGACCAGGGUCUGCUGUGCGACUUGCUCUGGUCUGACCCAGACAAGGAUGUUUUGGGCUGGGGGGAGAACGACAGGGGUGUCUCAUUUACCUUUGGCUCAGAGGUGGUGGCCAAGUUCCUGCACAAGCACGACCUGGAUCUGAUCUGUCGUGCCCAUCAGGUUGUUGAGGACGGCUAUGAAUUUUUCGCUAAGAGGCAACUCGUCACUUUGUUCUCAGCGCCUAACUAUUGUGGGGAGUUUGACAAUGCUGGUGCCAUGAUGAGCGUGGACGAGACCCUCAUGUGCUCUUUUCAGAUUCUGAAACCAGCUGAGAAGAAAAAGCCCAACGGCAGCCGUCCCGUGACUCCUCCUCGCAACAUGGUCACCAAGCAAGCCAAGAAAUGAGUGUGUGGGGAGGGAGGGGGUGACAAAUGGCCAGAGUCUCACUCCACUGUUCUGCUUUCGUCUUCUGCAUUUGAAGGAUUGGUUAACCUUCAUGCUGCCAAUACUGAAAAGAUAUUCACUCCUACACGAUGAAAGCAAAAUAUUUAGUUGUUUUGGUCACAGGGGUAAAUUGAUAUGUCACCAUGAAAAACCUCAGGUGUUUUGCACUCAUUUUGCAGCUAGUCUUUGCCACAUAUGACUGUUCAAUCAGGAAAAAUGUAACAAUACGGCUACUUAUGCACAGGAAUGCCUUGUUUGAAGCUGUGCACAAUUUUUCCAGUUUAUUUUAUGUAUUUUAUUCAUUUGUCAUCCUUUUUCUCACUGUCAGUAAUGGAUAUUAAUAACUAUAAAACCAAUGGGGAAAAAGUCACAAACACCUGUUUACUUCUGUAAAACUUUUAUUUACCGUUUAUUUACAGUCAGUGUCAGAGGAUAUUGACUUUACACUGCAUUAUCACAUUUUUAAACAAGUCUUGUGCUAAAUUAAAUGAAUAAAAAAAGCACUCUUGUAAUGUCUAAAUCUUUCUAAUAAACUUUGAGUGUAUUUUAGGGGGGAA